CUGGCGGAUGUAUCCUUUCCGUGCACUACUGUCAACCCGUCCCCAUAGAGACCGCCCGGAGCCGCCGCCGUGCAAAUUGGAUCCUUGAACAUAGAUCACAGGAUCGUGGAGAUCGGGGGACCUGAAGGGGGUUUCGUUCUGUACCCCAUCCGGAUCAAGAGUGGAUGGGCUGUAAAAAGGAGAGAAAGAGGAGAGAGAGAAUGGCAAAGGCAAUCGAGAGGAGGCAGAGAAGCGGCAUCCAGUGUCUGUGAUUAGGAUCUGGGCUUUUAUCCUUUUUUUUUCCCCCCUCUCUCUCUGUGUGAUUAUUUCUGUCCAUCUGCCGUGAAAUUGAUCAAGCCUGAGAGGCAAGCAGGAAGAAAGGAUUGAUAAUUUUUGGAGGGGGGUGUCUUUUACUGCCCUCCCACUACCUCCACCACAACAUGAGGGAUUUCUGAUCCCCCUCCCUCCUCUUUCACCAGGAUGCUGCUACUGCAGCCUUUAAAGCAUCUUGGGCAGGGUUUCAGCCAUGCAAAUGGGAAAUAUUGUUGCAAUUUCACUGCAAGGAAAAGUUGCAAUACAAGUGGUUACUGAAAAAAUAGAAUUUUGGGUUUCAGGAAAUCAACAAGAAAACACUCUCUGUGUUGAUUAAGGGCAGUUCUGUGUUUAUUUGGAAAAGUGUACAAUACCUUUCUGGAUUAUAUAUAUAUAAUAUAUACAUUUCCCUUCAAUAACUAGCCUUUGCAUCUUGCUGUUAAGUACCCUUGUGUUCUAAUACUUGGAUUUGUGGAUUCAAGGUCACUUGGUGGAUUUCCCAUUUGUGGAUAUAUAAUUAGCUGUAUUUUGAUUACAAAAAGAUGGAUGUGAAAAUGAAGCAGCCAAGCAGGAGAUCCAGGUCUCAGCGGGACAGAGUGAGGAGGAGAGACCCUUCUGUCAGGGAUCCCCGAAACCAAAGCCCUUCUUCUGGGUCAGAGGCAGAGAGGGGCCUGGGAAAGGAAAAUUCAAACCAAAAUGGGAAAAAUCCAGCUGCUUCAGUCAGAAAUGCCAGACCGCCUAGGCGAAAGAGGCGAGAAUCCAGCUCGCAGGACGAGGAUAUAAUUGAUGGGUUUGCAAUCGCCAGCUUCAAUACCCUGGAAGCGUUAGAGAAGGACCUAUCACUAAAGCCCCCUGAACGAGAAAAGAUACGUGAACGGCACCCAGCAAAGAAACCCAGGGAAUCGGGGAACUUCAUUUCUGCAGAACCUAGUGAGAAUGGACACAACCAUGAUGCAGGGAGCUUAGAGAGAGAACUGGAGAGAGGGAAAGACCACUUCAAGAAAAAAUUCCCCCUGAAACAUUUAAAUCAGAUCAAGGUCUCUAGGAACAGAAAUGGCAAAAACAGUGAAGAUGGCAGCAUUAGAGAAGCAAUGAGUUCCCAACAUAGCAGCUCCCAUGACCGCCUAAGUGAUAGCUCCGCUCAAUCCCUUUCCGGACGUGGCUACUCCUGUGACAGUGAAAGUGAUAUUGAUGAUAAGUGCUCCAAUGUCGGCUCUGAAAUACUUUUCUCUCCAGCUGCCUCCGCAGGUAACCUUCUGAACGACAAAACAGAGGCGCAACCUGUAUGUCACCCAAAGGUUUCGGGUCUUGAGCGCAGCCAGGAGUUAAACACUGAAGUCUCCUUCAUCCCACCAAUACCCAGUCCACAACCUCCACCUGCUGCUAUUGUCACUUCUGCCUCCUCCACACCAGCUUCUAGUACCCGUGCUAGCCCACUGGUGAAAAAAGAGCCUGCCCUUGUGGCCCCAGCUCCUCCACGGCUCACUCCACAGCCGCAACCACGGCCCCAUUCACGACCAUUAUCUCACCCUCAAAUACUGCCCCUGGACCCACGACCUCAGAAUCACAUCCCAACACACUACCCUGUGCAUCAGCAACUGCCGCACAACGGGAUCGCUAGCCUCAGCCGUAGCAGCAGUGCCAGCAGCACAGCCAGCGUCAGCCUCCCCAAACACCUCCCACCUUCCCCCCAGAUCCCUUCCCAUCACCCAUCUGGGCCCGGCUUGCCUCUCUCCAUCUCCAACCUCGCUACCUCCUCGCACUUUGCUCUCAGAACUCAAGCCCAGCAUCAUCCGGCCAUGUUUGCUACCCCUCCUUCGCUACCACCUCCACCAACUUUACCCACUAACGGCCUUGUAAUCCCUGGCCACCCUGCCGGGACAGGAUACUCAGAUCAUGAACUUCUCAGGCAGGAGCUGAACAAUCGUUUUUUGGUUCAGACUUCGGACCGGGCGGGUGCCCCUCUCGGCUCUGUGCCUCUGCUGAGAGCGGAAUUUCACCAGCACCAACACACGCACCAACACACGCACCAGCACACAUUUACCCCCAUCACAUCCAGCCUACCCCCGGCGCAGCUUAUACCACCAAAUGCACCCCUCAUGGUGCGUACCCCAGCCAGAAAUUUUGACAAGUAUGCGCCCAAGUUAGACAGCUCUUAUUUCCGUCAUUCCAGCUUCUUUCCAACAUAUACACCCCCAAUGCCUGGGAUGCCCCCAAUGCUUCCACAUUCAGGUCCAUUCGGGUCUCUACAGGGAGCAUUUCAGCCUAAGACCUCAAAUCCCAUUGAUGUCACAACCAGGCCUGGUGCAGUCCAUCACACCCUUCUGCAGAAGAAUCCUGGGGUAACAGAUCCUUAUAGGACAUCUGUUAGAAAACCAGGCAAGUGGUGUGCUGUACAUGUGCAGAUAGCUUGGCAAAUCUACCACCACCAGCAGAAGAUGAAGCAGAUGCAAAUGGAUCCACACAAGCUGGAUAUUUGUGGUAAACUGGACUUGUUUAGUCGUCCUCCAGCUCCUGGAGUCUUUCCAGGAUUCCACUACCCUCAUGAUUUGGCCAGGCCCCUCUUCUCCAGCACAGGUCCAACACACCCAGCAGCUUCCCCCUUCGGUCCCUCCCCUCAUCACAGCAGUUUCCUGCCCACUAGCCAUCUGGCGGGUAAGUAUCCAUUUAGCAGGUCAAGCAGCUUCAGCGGCCUGGGGAACUUAGGCAGCAAUGCCUUUGGAGGAUUAGCCAGUCAUGCUCUAACGCACAAUAGCUUGUUUGCUCACAAGGAUAGCCCAGGUCUUCAGAGCUUCCCAAAUCCACAUGAGCCUUGGAACCGGCUUCACAGGACUCCACCUUCCUUCCCAACCCCCCCACAAUGGUCCAAAGUUGCAGACCCUGAGCGCAGUUCCUCAGUGACUAACCAUGACCGAGACCGGGAGGAGAAGAGGGAAUUGUCACUCACAAAAGAUGACCGAGACAAGGAAAGGGAUAUCUUGGACAAGAGUCGACAUCAUUCUAACAGAUCCUCUCCAGCAUCAGCCCCAGUCAGUCACCAAAUAAGUAACCUCAUCCGCAGCAACACUCAGACACCCAAUGACUCUUUAAGGCAAGGUAGUCUAGGGGAUAGGUCCAAAGAAAUUGAGCGGGAAAAUUCUGACCGUUUACGGGAGCCUCCAUCAAUAGAGCACAAGAUCAAGGAGAGUCGAUCUCCAAUUAAAGAAGCCUCCAUCCAUGAAAAGAGACCGUCAGAAGAUGGCAGCAAGCCAGUCAUCCAGUCUGUAUCUCCAUAUGGAAAACCAAUCCUUAGUGAUAGCUUGAAGCUGAGCAACCUUGUUGGGAAAGACAGUGAAAGGAAGCCUGAGCUGCCCACUGAUCACCAGAAGAUUAAAAGUGAUAUCAAAGUCAAGGAAGAACGAAAGGAAGAUUCAGAUGUGUUAGUGGUGGGCUCAGAGCCUCCUCAUUCUGCAAGGACAUUAGAACAUCAACAGCCUCCUCCACCCUCAUCUUUGCAUGGGUUAUCUUUACACCACACAAUGGCAGCCUCUAUGCCCCUCUCUAUGAGUAGCGUGCAUCAAAUGAACAACUUGAACAUGCUGGAACGCAGUCGUAUGAUGAACCCUCUUGUGGGUAUGAGCCCUCUACCUGGCAGAGAGCGGUUACAGCAUGCAGGUUUUGCCUGGGACCCAGUAAGGGAUCCUAUACGGGAUGCCUACCGCACACUGGACUUGCAAAGAAGAAUGGAUUUCCAUUUACGAGCUGAUGGCAUGCACAGAUACCCAGCAACAACUGCUGCCACUUUCUAUGACCAUGAACGUUCUUAUCGGGACCGUGAGCCACAUGAUUACAGCCACGAGCAGCUCCUGGAAGCAAGGAGGGAGCAGGAACGAUUAAGGCAUGCAGAUGAAAGGGAGAGAAUGCACCUGAGGGAAGAGAUAGAAAGGGCACGUAUGCAUCACUUGCACUCCUCCCCUCUGGAGAACCACCUGGCACACAUGCCAUCUUUCAUGCCUCAUUUAAGCAGUGUGCCCUACCCCAGACUGAGCCCUUCUAGCGCCAUGCACAAUGGGAUCCUAAACAGGACCCCACCUACAGCGGCACUUAGUGCCCCCCCACCCUUGGUUCCAGCCAGCAACACAAGGCCCGCCUCUCCCCGCAGGACUAAUCCCCUCACAAAUUCAGAAGCUCGGGACUUCUCACCCUCCAGAAACCCCAAGGAAGUUGAAGCUCGAUAGUUCCUUCCUGGGGAAAAAAAAGACACCCACAGGAAACAGACACCAUGGAUUUUAAACUUGUCCUGUAUAUAUCUUUUAUGAAAGUGCACUGCUCAAACCCUUUUCUUCUCUUUCCUCCUGUUUUUGUAAAUGUACAUUUGUAGGCUAAGCACACUUUCCUUUAGCCAGGGGGACACUUCAGGGGUGAUAAAUGUUCCAACCUGGAAACCAAGGAUUCUGCUCUAAAGGUCUCUGGUCAUAUGACUAUUUUUCUGACAAGGGAGGCCCAGUAGCCGGUGGGACGGGUUUAGGAGGGGAGGGAGUUUUUAAAUGGAUUUUUGUAGUUUUUACAGUAUUUUUGUUUUUUCGCUACGGUGUUCUUAGUCUCUUCCAAAAAAAAAAAAAUAAUAACUUUUUUCUUUAAUUUUAUAUUAGUUUCAAUUCUCCUCUCAUAAGUAAACCUGAUCUUUCCAUAAACUACAUAAGGGUGUUGACCCCUUCACUGCAGGAGGUUUGUACAAGACUGUGCAAUGCAUAUUUAUACAAACAUAUAUAUUCUGUGGUGCAAUCUGUUGUAGAUACCUCCAGCACUGAAGGGUUAAUGGGAUUUUAUGGAUUCUUCUUUAUUCUUCGGCUAACAGAUCAACAUUCUUGCUACCAUUUUUGAACAGAAAUCACAGAUCUAUUAUUAAAAUAAUAAGAUUAAUGUACAAAA